AAAACACUCGCCUCGCCCGCCAUUCGAACCUCGACCAUGCUCGCGCGUUUGUUACUCAUCGCCCUGUGCGCACGCGCCGCCCUCCCCGCCUCCAACUGGUACAAAACCGCCCCGAAGGGCGCCAAAAUCCCCCUACCCGAUCUCCCCGUCUCCACCCUGAACCCCGCCACGGCCUACCUCAAAAUCCGCGCCCGAAUCCCCGCCAUCGACGCCCGGUUCUUCCCCGCCGCCCGCCCCUCCCUCGCGACGCUCUCGGCGGCGUCCUGCGGCGUCCGACGCCUGGCGCCCGGCGCCUUCUCCCCCCUACCCAACCUCCUCGCUCUAUCCUUGCACGACAACAAAAUCCACAGCGUCGAAUCGGGAGUGUUCAAUACCCUCGCUCGCUUGAGGGAGUUGUCCUUGCACAGGAACAGGAUUCGCUACGUGGAGAGCGAGGCGUUCGACAACAUGACCGGUUUGGUGACGGUGAGAUUGAACAGCAACUUUUUGAUUUAUUGGGACGGUAACUGGUUCAAAAACACCCCGAAUUUGGUGCAGGCGUUCUUCAGGAGGAACUCCAUCAGGAGUCUGCCGAGCGCGGCUUUCGCGAACUUAUCGAACGAUUCGGUGAAGAUUUAUUUGAGCAAAAACAGCAUCGCCAGCGUGGAGGAGUCGGCUUUGCGCGGCUUGAGGAGUUUGAGCCAGUUGUGGUUGGAUAGAAACGAAAUCGGGGAUUUGCACGAGAAGCUGUUGGGCGAUGUGGAGACGAUGGAGGUGCUUUUCCUGGCGAAGAACGCGCUCUCCGGGUUUCCCGAUCGGCUGUUGGAGAACCUGCGCGUGGAUUUGGUGACGCUGGAUUUGAGCGACAACGAUAAUUUGAGCUGUUUGAGCUACGGGGCGGUGGUGAAGGCGAAAAUGACGCAUUUAAAAGGGAUUAGGCGGCUGGAUUGCGCGUGCGUGGCGAAUUUGAGGAGGAUGCUCGCGGCGAACGGGGAAAAUAACGAAAUAAACAGCGAUUGUCCUUAAAUUUGU